GCACGAGAUGUGCACACCCAUGACGAGGUGGCUAUCAAGAGAAUACCUUUUACUGGAAAGAAGGCUAUGGCGAGUUGGCAGCGUAUUAUUAAGGAAGUCAGGUGCCUACGAACAUUAAAACAUCCCAACAUUGUAGAAUACAAAGGCUGCUAUUUACGUGAGCACAGAGCAUGGCUUGUAAUGGAAUAUUGUUCACAAUCUGUUUCAGAUUUGCUGGAAUUUCCCAUAAUGCCAUUACAAGAAAUGGAAAUAGCAGCAAUUAUACACGGUGCUCUUCAGGGAUUAGCCUACUUCCAUUCUCGUGCCAUGAUCCAUAGAGACAUCAAAGGAACAAAUAUCCUUCUGACACCACGAGGCCAGGUGAAACUUGCUGACUUUGGAUUUGCUUCCAUGGCCUCUUAUUCCAAGACUUUUGCGGGAACACCGCAUUGGAUGGCCCCAGAAAUAAUUUUAUGCAGGAAUGAAGAACAAUAUGAUAGCAAAGUAGAUGUAUGGUCUCUGGGGAUAACAUGUAUUGAAAUAGGUAAGCAUUGCUCUUUAUUACUGUGUAGUAAGUUUCGAUCAAUGUUUCAGCUCAAUUUCUGUACCAAAGUACAGUUUUUCAUUUUUAUGUCAGUGUUUAAGGGGAGCAAUAAAUCUGUCAAGGUUGUCACUUUGAGGCUUGCCUCCAGAAAAAACCCUAAAGAUCGCCCUACAUCAAAGACACUUUUAAAGCACCCAUUUCUUCUUCGGGAGCGCCCUACAACAGUGUUAACAGAUCUCCUUCAAAGGGCAAAGGAAGAAAAAAACGGAGUGCUGGACAAUCUGCGCAAUCGAAAGACGAAGAAGGUCCUUUCCCAGGAGGCACAUAAAGGGCCAGCAGUAGGAGCACAGGAAGAAAAGGACCAAGAUCACGGUGUUGGACAGGCAGGAGCAGUGCACAAUAUUGGAAGUCAUCAGUCUGUUCCCCGUAUGUGCAGCAGGACCGGGAGUCAAAGCGGUGGGGUUGACAUUCUUCAGGAUGCCUCGGGUAACAAGGAUGAGCUACCCGUGAUGGAGGGAAUCGAAACAAUUACGUCUAAUGAUUCUGCCAUCCGUUCAAGACCUGUGAGUAUUUGGAUUUCAGUGAAAAAAUUUCAACUUUGGUAACUAAUUUUCCUAGUCUGGUUAGUUUAAGAGUUUGGGUUUUUUUUCUUUGAUGUAUCAGAAGUUUGGAACAUAAUUUAGGCAACUUAUUUUAAAAUGGCAAAAGGCUUUUUAAUUCCCAGUUUAAUGUCUGCA